AUGUGUGUGGUCACAAGCUUUCUGAGGCUACCGAAGAUCAUCGACUCGCCGGAUCUUCAUCUUGCGCGCUGGGAGUUCACAGUACGAGCUCCUGCGACGGAAGUUUUUCUGUCCAACCAGUUCGACCUCUUCCCCAGUCCCAUCGGCAAACUCUUGAAUGCGCGACUUGCUCAGUGCUUCCACAGCCUCAUGGUUGUAUCGAAGCGGGGGAGGAAACUGUGCUCACCUCAGGCAGCAACUGAGGCCAUGUCUGCCGAGGAAAAGGAUGAAAAGGAUGGAGAUUCGUCGGUGUCCCCGACAGACCUCAUGCGGGACGCGAUUCAAAAAGGCAGAGAAGAGAUCGAGAAGCACGGGGAAGUUGUGCGGGAGGCCAUUCAAAAAGGGAGGGAGGAGAUCGAGAAGCACGGCGAAGAGGCUUGGUAG